AUGGCCGAAACCAAACUCAAAGACCUUAGCUCCCUAAGGCCCUCCCUCAAAAAACUAAUCAACGCCCCCUUCGCCUCCCCAGCCACAACUCCGGCCCCCCCCCAAAUAAGAAACCUCUACCAGCGCCUCUCCCGCGAAGCCAAAUCGCGCAAAUACGGCGAACGUCCCUGGAUAACCAUAGCUGCAGCAACAACCUUCACGCUCAACUCCCCCUCCUCCCUCUCCCACCUCCACUCCACCUCCUCCUCCCUAACCCCCCACCCAACCCUCCCCUCCCUCACCCCCCCCCUCACCCCCCUCCUCCUCGCCGAACUGAUCCGCGAAGUCGGCCUCAAAUGCAUCUCCUUCAAUGGAAUCCCCCGCACAAUCAACUGCCUCAACGCCUUUCGCUCAGACCUGGAGGUAAACCCCUGGUCCAGCUCCCUUUCCUCGGUCCCAUCACGAACCGUCACUACCUCAAACAUCAACAAUACGAUAAGCAGGGGAAACGCGCUCUGGAAGUCAAUCUACACACCCCAUCACGGGAAACUAACCCAAAAGCUUGCACUGGCACAUCCCGAUCUGCCGGGGUAUAUCCUCCAGGGUCACUACGCCAUGUUACUCGCCGAUCCACCGAGGCAUGUGGAGGGCGGGGUGCCGAAACAGGCGAGGUUGGGGCGGUGCCUGACCAGUCUUGUGGCGAUUGCGUGUUUGAGAGCGCAGAGGGGGGUUGGGCCGCAGGUGUUGAGCCAUGUUUACGGGUUGAGAAAGGCUGUGGAGCAGGGGUUACACAGAGAGGAGUUUGAGGACGAGGAGGAGAGGGAAGGGAUGGAACGGUUGGCGGGGGAUGAGGGAUGUGAGUGGAUUUUGGAGAGCGUUGACAAAGUCGCGAGGGCGAUCGGGGGUGGGGGGUUUGCCGGUUGGGAGCGGGAGGUUGACCAGGACCAGGAGGACGGGGUGGAGGAUGAUACGAGGCUGGAUGGGGAGGUGAGCGAGGUUGGGAAUGUGGCGAAGGAGAUGGAGGAGGAGCUGCAGGGCGGGACAGGGAGCGGGAGCGGGAGGGUGAGGGGGAGGGAGUCCAAGUUGUGA